AUGGUUUCAUAUAAGUCACAAUGCUUAUUUUCAUUAUUCAUCUUAGCUCUUUGGGCUAAUGUAGCUAUCUCUCGUGAGCUCCACUCUCAACCACCCACCAUCACGGAGAAGUAUGAACAAUGGAUGGCAAGAUAUGGAAGGGUUUAUAAGGAUUCUUCUGAGCAACAGAAACGUUUUCAGAUAUUCAAGCAUAAUGUUGCUUUGGUAGAAGUCUUCAAUGCUGUAGGAAACAAAUCCUUUAAUGUAAGCAUUAAUCAAUUUGCAGAUUUAACCCAAGAAGAGUUUAGAAAAUACUAUCUUGGGGCUAAACCUCCUUCUCAAUCCAGUUUAAAAAAUAUUCAAACUUUGAAUUAUGAAAACAUAAUUCAAUUGCCUCCUUCAAUAAAUUGGAAAACUGCUAGAGCUGUUACGGGCAUCAAGGACCAAGGCCAAUGUGGAAGUUGCUGGGCUUUUGCAGUAGUGGCAGCCGUUGAAUCUGCAUAUAAAAUAAAAUAUGGACGAUAA